UUUCUCAAAAACUAGGCUGUUAGUCCACCCAUUAGCUGAGAAUCCCCCAAUGCCGAGGAUUACCUCAGAAUCUAUUCAGAUGUCUCAGAAUUCAAAUAUUGGAGAUGAUGGCAAGUUGCAGACUCUGCUUAAACUUGCCAAUGAAGAACCACAAAAUGCUUCAAUAGAGACUAGCAUGAACAAAUCCUUGAGUUUGGGUGACUUGGUGCACAAGUAUCAAGCCCAGAACUCUUUUGGAGUCCCUAUCUCUCCUCGUGAAGCUUUGAAGAAGUUAAAGCUUUCUCCAAGUUACAUAAAUCCAUCGAAGAAGUUGUCCAGGAUCAAGCUAGAUGAUUUUGUUGAUUAUUGUAAGAAGAACAACAUCGGGCUGACUAACCAACAACAUAUAAUGUACAAUAUUUUCAGGACAUUCAGGAACCACAAGACCUGGAAAUCAUUCCUCGACAAGCACUAUCGUAGCGACAACAAAGAGCUUAUUGAAGAUCUGUUCAACUUCCUUGAGUCAGGCAACCUUGCAGAGAUUACUGAGAAGCCUAAGGAACUAAUAAGGGGUACUUUUCCAGGAGGUGAAUAUCAAUUUUUAAAAGGCUCUAAAUCCCAACUGUCUCUAUCUAAAUCCAGAAUCCCUCGGAAAGAUAGAAGUAAGGAAAUGUUUAAGUAAAAUGAUCAAGAAGAUGUCUCAUCCUUUGAAAAAUUAUGAUAAAAGUGCCAAAAAGUUCAAAAAGAGCAGUCAGAAUGAUCUUUUUCAGAGACUUACAUUCGAACAAAAGAAGAAAGUCGAACCUGAGCAGAGAGAUAAGAGAGAAGUUGAAGAAAUAGACCUAAUCAAAACAAAGGAGUACAAGAUGUCUAGAAAACAGUACUACGGUCAAUCUGAAGAAAGAGAGGAUGACAAUAACCUCGUAGCGGCAAUUGAUGAUAGCAGUCCUUCUAAUAAAAAGUUGUAUAAUCCUGAUGUUUUGACGAAGAAGAUCAAUAUCAAAGCUAUUAAGUCUUUCCAAAAGACAUGAAAGAAAAUUAACAGAAAGAAGAAAAGGAUCAACAAUGAAUUUGGCAAAGUACUUAAAAGUAUUGAAGUAGACAGGACUCUAAAACCUCCUAUUGGAGAUAUUGGCCCUUCACCAAAAGAAGGAGAUAAACAAGGGCCUAAUGAGAAUAACCCUGUGGCCAAUAAGGGCUACAAGUCUCUUAGAUGGGCUAAUGAAAAGAAGAAGUAUCAAAGAAUGAAGCAGAACUCUGACCUACAGCAGAUCUAUCUUCUUUUGCUGAACUAUAUUAAGGAAAGAAGCAAGAAGAAACAGAGAAUCCUUCCAAUAGAGAUUGAAGCUAAAUUUAUUGAUUCUAUUAAGCUCUUUUGUGAGAGUGGAUGGGUAGUAGAGGAGGAAGAUUUUUACGAUAUUCUGAACACUCUUCAAGUAAAGAGAUUCUACGAGGAUCAGCUAUUCUACUUCUUGCUUUAUUUCAUAGACCUACUAAAGUUUGAUAGAAAGAAGCUGCUCGAGUACUUUAAAUCCUCUGAUCCAUCCUUAAAUAAAAAUUUUGAGAAAUCUCAGGACCCUAGUUCUCAUGUAGACACAAAAUUUAUUGAAGGGAGGUUGAAAAAGCUUAACAGGAUUGUAAGUGAGUCUCCCAAGAGAGUGAGGAAGAACCUCUUCCCUUUGUUACAAUAA